UAUGUUAUUGUGUCAGUGUUUUAUACAUGUCGAAUAGUUUUUUUGCUUUGGAAUUUGUGUUAUUAUUCAGAUUUUGGCAAGAAUCUCUCUCUAAUGUUUAUGUAUGCGAGAGGGAGAGGGGUUAGAGGUCAGAUUUUACAAACACAUGUGUCUAUAAUAUCAUCUGCUCUGUGGUUGAAGGUCAGCUGUGUCUUGCACUUUCAUGACCGAAUGGUGUAUUUUUGUUUGCAUUAUCACGUGAAUUAAUUCUGUGUUUGUUCAAAUUGAAAAUAACAUCAUCUCUCUCUCUCUCUCUCUCCUAUUUCUCUCUCUGUGUGUCAUCAAUCCGCCUCUGGCGCGUGAGCGCGCGCCGCAAUUGUGUUGUGCGCGCGGAUGAUGAUGAUGAUGAGAGCGUGACCUCACUGCUUUCAGCACAGCUGCUGGAGAGAGGGAGAGAGGAAACACACACAUACUCAGAGAGAGGGAGAGAGAGAGAGAGAGGGGGAAAGACAGAGACACGCGGGAGGAGACAGAACAGUGGAGAACAUUCACAACACAGGAGCAACUGCUGGGUACACGGGGGACUCCGUCGUGGGUUGUCCGUGGACCGUGGUGGGCUGCUUUCCUCCGGUCCGCUCCCCAGAAUGUUCGCUGCUCCCGGUCCAUUUCUGCCGUUCACGAAGCAGUCGCCGCCGCGGCGUCCCCACGGACACUGAAGCCCAGAUGCUCACCCUCUCCGGCGACAUGGACGAGUCUUCGUCGCUGCUGGAUCUGCUGGAGUGCUCGGUGUGCCUGGAGCGCCUGGACACCACGGCCAAGGUGCUGCCGUGCCAGCACACCUUCUGCCGCCGCUGCCUGGAGAACAUCCUCAGCUCGCGGAACGAGCUCCGCUGCCCGGAGUGCCGCAUCCUGGUGGACUGCGGGGUGGACGACCUGCCCGCUAACAUCCUCCUGGUUCGCCUCCUGGACGGUAUCAAGCAGCGGCCCCAGCAGCGAGGAGGAGGCGGAGGCGGCGGCAGGCAGUCCGUGGCCGGCGGCUCGCUGCACGGAUAUGCAGCCGGGCUGUCCGCGUCUCCCCCGGGCAGUGCGAUCAGAGAGCUGCCGGUGGCCACCAGGAGCUCCCCUGUUAAGAACAUCCCAGCGCUGCCGUGCGGUAAAGCCCUCUACUCGUACGAGGGGAAGGAGCCGGGCGACCUCCAGUUCUCCAAGGGCGACAUCAUCAUCCUGCGGCGCAAGGUCGACGACAACUGGUACCACGGCGAGCUCAAUGGUUGCCAUGGAUUCUUGCCUGCGAGUUACAUCCAGUUGCUGCGUCCCCUGAGCCAGACCCCUCCCCAAGGCAAAGCACUGUACGACUUUGAGGUCAAAGACAAAGACCAGGACAAGGACUGUCUCGCCUUCAGCAAGGAUGAGGUUCUGACAGUCAUCAGGCGAGUGGACGAGAACUGGGCCGAGGGUAUGCUGGGAGACAAGAUUGGCAUCUUCCCUAUUCUCUAUGUGGAGUUAAAUGAAACGGCCAAGCAGUUGAUGGAGAUUGACAAACCUCAGCCAACAAACGUUCCAGGUCCGAGUUCUGAACCAGUCCCGUUGGGCCCCUGCGCUCCGGGCCCCUCCCCGAGUGCCUCCCCCUCGAAUGGGAACGGCUCCAGCCAUCGGCGAGGCGAAGGGAAGAAAAACGCCAAGAAGCGACAUUCGUUUUCAGCGCUGUCCGUCAGCCAGAGGGCAGCCCAGUUCAACAACAGACACAGCAUGGAGAUCUCCCACCCUGUGCUCAUCAGUUCCUCGGACCCCAGAGCUGCUGCACGCAUCCAAGACGCGUCUCCCCCAGGUCCCUCUCCCUCUACGGCAGGGGUGUUGGUGCCCCCCAAGGUGGCAUCAAUAACCUCUGAGCUGCUGGCCCAUGCCAAGGUGCAGCUGCCACUCAACAUAUAUUUGGCUCUAUAUGCCUACAAGCCCCAAAAGGCUGACGAGCUUGAACUAAGGAAAGGAGAGAUGUAUCGGGUGACAGAGAAGUGUCAGGACGGAUGGUUUAAAGGCACCUCACUGAGAACAGCUGCCUCUGGUGUCUUCCCAGGAAACUACGUCACCCCUGUGUCCAGGGCUCCGUUUGGAGUGGGUGCUCGCGGCUCAUGUCUGUCCAGUCCAGGAGGAGGAGGAGGAGGUGUUGGAAGUGGGUGUGGUCAGGUGGGAAGUACAAUCUCUGACCCGUCCUCCCCGGGGUCCCCGGGGCCCUCUUCGCCCCGUCCCUCCACCCCGCUGAUAAACUCUGCCAACUCCGGUCACGCCAUCAGUCCCGCCUCAUCGCCGCAGACUGCCGCCGCCCAGCUGAAGAACUGUCUGCGCUCCAGCCAGCAUUCGGUGAACCAGGCUCGCACCUCAGUGCAGCUGGUGCACAGUCCCACAGCCGGAAGCCCAGAACGCUCCACGGUGGCCAUUUCUCCCCUGCGUUCUCAGAGCUCCUCCCCUUCACGUUGCCCCGGCCAGCCGGGUCGUCCUCACUCCAUGGUGUCUCCGGGUCCCAGCUUAGGGCCCUCUCCCCUGUCUUCGCCGGCCUCGCGUCCCCUCCUCCCGCUCUCGUCCCCGCUCUCGUGUCUCACACCUCCCAACGUGUCAGCGGUGCUCCUCAAUGGCGAGCCGGCCAGUCCAUUGCAGCCACCUUUACCGGGCCCCUCCCACGCACCCACCAUCGCGCCAAAAGUGGAGAAGAAGGAGAGGAAAGCGGGAGGUUUGUUGAAGCUCUUGUCUGGUGCGGCGGCCAAGAAGAAAUCCCGCUCACCUCCCUCCUCCCCACCGACCCACAACACCCCCACAGACCCCGCGCAUCAUCCUCACCACCACCACCAUCACGCCCGCUCAGGUUCCUGCCCGCUGGUGUCGGCCGGGCGGGCCGGCUCCUGCCCGAUUGAGAGCGAGAUGGGCGGGGCCAUAGGGCUGGAGCCACUACACAGGAAGUCCGGGUCCCUCGAUACAAACUUCCCCAUGUCUCCCCCGGCAACACGGGCUGGCAACCCUCUGAUGGUCCUGCGGCCUGAAACAAAACCCCUGUCCAGAGAGAGGUACCGCGUGGUGGUGCCCUACCCCCCGCAGAGCGAGGCGGAGAUCGAGCUGCGCGAGGGAGACGUGGUGUUUGUCCAUAAGAAGCGGGAGGACGGUUGGUUCAAAGGCACCUUACAGAGGACGGGACAGACGGGCCUGUUCCCCAGCAGCUUCGUCGAGAGCUUCUAAAACUGAGAAAGAAAGAAAAAAGCGGACGGAAGAUGAAGAAGAACGCACACACUGAGUCACAAAGACACACAAACACACGAAAGCCAGGGGUCAGUCAAAUAUGAGACGGUAGGGAAACUUCAUGUAAUCUAGCAGAAAAAUCUGUCAAGGAACUCUGGUUUUAAAAUAUAGUCAAUAUGGUCAUUACAGAUAUUACAGAUAUUGAUACAAGCACACACACACAUAUAUAAAGGAAAGCUAGCGCCGGCUUUGACCAGCUCCAGCCACAUUUGAAGCGCGGCAGCUUUCCCACACAUUGGGACCAACGCUGUCACCGGUCAUUGGCCCCGUGAUAGCGUUGGACCAGAGGGGGCCUGACCUUGUGAUUGUUGACUACUGACGGCACACAGACUCAGAGAGCACAGUCAGACAAAACCCUGCCUCCCCCCCCCCCCUCCUCCCCCUCCUCCCCUCCUCCCGGUUCUUCUCCUCGGGCAUCAUCCACCAGCAAACACGAGCACAAGAAGCGUCGGCUCUGCUUUUUUCCACUGAGACCUCAGAACAUGAAUUUGGGUGCUUUCUUCAAUUGAGGAAAAAAAAAGUGGGGGAACGUACCACUAGGUGAUGAGGGAAGGAUCCUCUGUAAGCACAUAUCUGUGUCUAGUUUGUGACAAACGAGCAUACGGUGUUUCUUUUCAACCAGUAUAUGUUAAUGCAUGUAGCAUUGUUAUUGUUUUUCAUAUGCGUUGAAAUAGAUGUUGGUGUUGUUCCAAACUAGCCAUGCUGUGUCACGACCUGUCACGGGAAACCGAAAUCAUUUUUUUGAAAAUGGUGCAAAAAGUGAAAUAUGGAUUAAGUGAUCUUUUUUUUUUUUCUAUUUAUAUAUAUGUUAUAUGACUUUAUACCAGACCAUAUUUUUGAUUUCCAUUUGUGCUUGGCAGACCUCUCGCAGCUGCAUUGAACUGAAUAAACUGGCUUGCUGAAUGUACAAAGGAACGAGAAGUGACACCAAAACACUGAUUUGUUUUUAUGGAGUUGUAUUUUGAUCUUCUGUGUGGAAUUACAGACAAAAGAAUAUCGGAUACAACCUGCCAGUAUGUCUAAAUAUUCAGUAUUUUACACAUUUAUUUGUUUGACAGAAGGGAUUUCCAUGGUAUUUUAAGGGCAGGCCUCAUUUUUGGUUUUUUUCUUAAGACAAAAUCAUUACAAUCCUUUUAUCCAGAGAAGUUUAUGGCACGAAUGAGACGGGAAGACUUGCCUUUUGUUGGGAUAUUAAGUGUUUUUGUUGGGACUACAGCAAUAUUGUAAAACAAGAUGUGCAGAUUUGAUCAGAUCGUGGUGGAAUGUACGGUUGGAGGCAGAAAUACUUGUGAAUCAGAGGGCAGGGACUAACAACUACUCAACACUCGACUGCCAAACUUUCGACAGCUUUUUCUCUGAUCUUGUCAACCUUAAAACAAGUAUUUUUGUACCGCGUCAGUCAGUGUAUAGUCGGUCUUUUGCUUUUGUGAAUUUCUAUGUUCCUGAGUGUGGAUUUCAAGCUUGUCUUGUUUACGUCCUGCCACAACCAUCGACAUUCAGGAGAUUGAAGCACAGCGAAACUCAGAGCUCGAGUUCAGUGUGAGUGUGUGUGUGUGUGUGAGUGUGAGUGUGUGUUUGUGAAAUAUCAGCGAGAGAAACCAGUAACAAUUCUCCUGUUUUUGUUUGUUUGUUUGUUUGUUUUUAUAAAUAAUGGGCCAGAACAAAGCACAAACUACAACCAGCCACACAGGUCAGGCUGAUUCCCUCACACCUUAGACCAGUGUUUCUCAACCCUUGGUCUUGGGGAAACCACUGCCCUGCAUGUUUUAAAAGUUGCCUUCACACCUGAUUCAAAUGACCAGACCUCUGCAGAAGCCUGAUAACGACGCAUUCGUUUGAAUCAGGUGUGUCGGAGCAAGAAAACCUAUAAAACAUGCAGGGCAGGGAGUCUCCAGGGCCGGGCUUGACAAACACUGCCUUGGACACGGCAGAUAGAGACAGAACAGAAGAUAUAUCAGAAGCACAAGUGCAGCAUAAACCUUGAAACUUGAAUUUGGGGAGGGGGAAAACAAAAGUCUUUGUUGAUGUUUUUUAAUCUAUUGUGAAUCCUAAUCCCUUAAACUGUGAAGGACAGUGAACAAAAACAUGGGAAAACUGACAUAAAUUAGAGAAAGAAGCACAAUCUGGGAUCCUCAUUUCAACUCUUUUAACACAUAAAACCAAAAACUCCAGCAGGUCACAGCUCACACACAAACUAGAGUUUCUUAAUCCUGGUGUUGGGAACCCACUGCCCUGCAUGUUUGAGAUUGGUCAGAACUCUACAGAAGCCCGUUAUCGACCCAUUUAUUUGAAUCAGGUGUGUUGGAGCAAGGAAGCCUUUAAAACAGGCAGGGCAGUGAGUCUUCAGGACCAGGGUUGACACUGCCUUAGACACCUUGGGUGGAGAGAGGAUUAAUAUAAUCUCCCAGCAAGAACAGAGACAGCAUAGAUGAUAUAUCAGAAGCACAAGGGCAGCACAAAACUUGAAUUUUAAACUAUUGUUACUUUGUUAUGGGAAAAUCCUUAUAUCUUAAACUGUGAAGGAAAGUGAACAAAAACAUGGACGUGACAGGUCACAGGUCACACAAACUAGGUUCCAGACCAGGGUUUCUCAUUCCUCACUGUCCUGCAUGGUUUAGAAGCCUCCCUGCUCCAACACACCUGAUUCAAAUGAUCACCUCGUCAGCAAGCCUCUGCAGAGGCCUGAUAACGACCCAUUUAUUAGAAACAGGUGUGUUGGCGCGAGGAAACAUCUGAAACGCCCAGGAUUAAGAAACUGCUGGGCUAGACUGACGUCAUACAGUGGGAUUGUUAAUAGAGAGCGGCUUAUCAUUUCCUUACGUACCUCAUGAUUCAUUAAAAAUGUCUAAGUGUAUCCUUGUUGGGCGUGUGUGAGACGACACGUGCAGCUCUUUCCAUGAAAUAUCACGUACUGGAAACUUUAAUCCAAACAUGUCUGCAUUGGUAAAAAACCUGGUGCCUAGAAAUGCCAAACCACGCUCACAAGACACAAAUAUUAAACUAUAUGACUUCA